AUGCCUCGCGAGAGUGAGAUCUCCAACAUCCAACGCAGCUUCAUUCAGAAUGCUCUAAAAGAAAACGUUCGUGUGGAUGGCAGACGAUUCGACCAGUUCAGAGACCUGGACCUUGAGUUCGGUGAUGAGUAUGGCACUGUUACGCUCCGGUUAGGCAAGACUAGAAUCCACGUGCAAAUAUCAGCCGAAGUGACCAAGCCGCUGGAGGAGCGUAAGUUCGAGGGCGUCUUCACCAUCACGGCGGAGCUCAGCCCCAUUGCGUCUCCUGCGUUUGAAGUGGGCAGACCAACGGAGCAAGAAGUGAUUAUUUCCAGAAUCCUCGAGAAGGCAAUACGGCGGUCCAAUGCGAUCGACACCGAGUCAUUAUGUAUCAUUGCUGGAGCGAAGUGCUGGUCCAUCCGGGCAGAUGUACACGUGUUGGACGCAGACGGAGGCUUGAUCGAUGCGUCCUGCAUCGCCAUCAUCGCCGCAUUACGGCACUUUCGAAGACCCGAUGUCUCAGUGGCCGGAGAGAGCGUGACUAUCUACACGAUGGCUGAACGAGUACCGGUCCCACUGAGCAUCAUGCACCAUCCGGUCUGUGUCUCAUACAGUUUCUAUCUGGAAGGCGAGGUUGUCCUGCUUGAUCCCACACGCAGUGAAGAACAAGUGCGGGACGCUGAGGUGGUGCUCACGGUCAAUGAUUUUGAAUUAUGUCAAGUGGCAAAGUUGGGAGGAAGGCCGGUCGAUGCGCUUGUGCUGCUCAAGUGCAUCAACACAGCCCUGGCCAAAGGCAAGGAGAUCAAUGGCAUAGUGACCAAGAAGCUGGCAGAGGAUGCAACGAGGCGUGAUGUGGGUGGACUGAUAGCUGAGUUGAGGGCGGAAAAUGAGAGAUAA